AUGUACACAGAGGCGCCCGCCGGGGCCACCGCGGCCGAGUUCGAGCUUGGGCUUCUUGGCAUUGACUCGAGGCUGCCGCUGGCUGCGUCCGCAGCAGCAGCAGCCGCAGCAGCAGCAGCAGCAGCCGCUGCUGCAGCUGCUGCAGCUGCUGCAGCAGCUGCAGCUGCCUUAGCCGCGCGAAUCCCUUGCGUGUGUCCCGCGUGCCCCCGUCGGCUGCUGCUGCUGCUGCUGCAGCAGCAGCAGCAGCAGCAGCGGCGCGCCCACUGCGGCUGCGUGGCGAGUUUGAGGCGUGUGUGCGUUGCGUUUGCUGCUGCUGCUGCUGCUGCUGCUGCUGCUGCUGCUGCUGCAGACGCGCAGGGCCUGAUGACGGGGGAGGCCUCUCCGUACCCGCCAGUGCCCUCUUCUGCUGCGCACUUGGCAGAACAAGUCGAGAGUGGAGGAGCUCGUCUUGAAGAAACUCUUUUAAGACUUAAUUGCAAAUCUUCAACUCUUUUUUUUGCUGCUGCUCUUUCGGUCUUCGCCGGAGGCCUUCUUGCUGCUCUCUGCAGCCUCGCCGGCUUCGACCUGCCCUCCCUCGUCGUCUCCAUCUUCCUCGUGCUCUUUGGCUUCUUCCUGAUGCUCAUAGAUGUGCCCGGAAGCCCCCGCUGGGCGGGGAGACACCGGACUUUAAUUCGUCGGCACUUUCGUUUUUUAACUCGACUGACAUUCAAGAGUUUGUUUUUGAUCUUCUUGGGCUGUUUGUUGUCUUGCUGCUUGUCUGCUGCGGGGCUGCCUUCCGCGCUGCGCAGCAGCAGCAGCAGCAGCAGCAGCAGCGGGCUGCGCGCAGCAGCAGCAGCGCUGCUGGGCCUCUGGGUCGCUGCAGCAGGAGCAGCAGGGCUGCUGAUAGGGGCGCGGAAGAGUUUGCGUCUGGAGCGUCUUCGCCGGGCAUUGCUGGCUUCCUCCAAAGGCCGCUGGCCCGCAGCAGCAGGAGCAGCAGCAGCAGCAGCAGCAGCAGCAGCAGCAGCAGAGCCCUUUCGCCAGUACGCCCUCACCGACCCCGCCCACGGGCUGCAGCUCGAGGAGUUCAACAGAUUGGCAGCAGACGCAACAGCAGGUCAAAUCCAGUUCGACAUCACUGACCUCGGCGUUGUCUUCAACGCUCUCGACGAACACCAAAAGAGCGCCAUCAACGAACGCGAGUUCACCGAGUGGCUUGCGGGUCCGCUUAGG